GUCGUGUUUACACGUACGUCCCCGCCGCCGUUUUUGUGUGACCAGCACAACACACUAUACUUUUUCCCUUGUUUCUCAAUUCCACAUUCUCAAAUCAUCGCCAUCGCAGUAAUAAUAAAUAGUAAUACGCACCGACCGGUCCCCCAGAAUAGUGUGUGGUGAAACAACGAACCAAGCAUCGCGAGUUCCACCCGACAAAACCGCGUCGAAAUCUGCAUCCAAUUUUGGUGCAGGUAGACGGCCCGAGAAGCGAGCCGAUUAAAUUCACUUUUUUUUUUCCUUUCCUUCAAGUUCCAGUCAGUUUUGAUUUGUGGUGUCUCAAGAGAGUUUUGUUUCAUUUAGAUAAAACGCGAGCAAUUAUCGGUCGGCACUGAGAUUGUCGAGCCGCAGUAGUAGCAAAACCAGUUUGAUAAAAUUGCUCAUCGCAGCAGCAGGCGCAGCAACAGCAACGAAAAUCUUGAUUAAGAAGAAAGGGGUGAGAGAAAAUCGAAAAAAGCGGUUUUAUUUCGUUUUGCAGUGCGUUAGUGUGAAUGAGUGAAAGAGUGGCAGAAAGUGCAUCAGUGCUUUAGAGGAGUGAAAGGUGAAAAAAAGUCGAGAAGAAAAGGUGAAAAACCCGUCCGACGUCGUCGUUCGGACUACUCCUUCUGUUGGCAGGUUUUUUUUUGGAUCGUAACAAGAGCGACGCAUAGCUGUGUUGUUGCUGUUGUUAGCGUCGUCUUUGAGCAGGAGGUACGCGCUUUCGCUUGUGUUAGUGUGUGAAUUCCAGCUGAAAGGAAAAUCCUACUGAAAUCGUGACAGAUUUGAAAAUAAGAUUGUGACGCACAAACUACUAUGUCGAGUCAACAGAAGCAUCGAAUCCAGGUUCCCGACGGAUUACGUGACGUGCUGCUGGAAUUUUCGAUAGCAUACUUGCUGGAGCAGCCGGGCGACGUGAUCGACUAUGCCGUCGAAUUCUUCUCCAAACUGCAGGAAAACCGGAAAACCACCAUGAUCUCAGCGGCCGAACCCAGCUCGCCCGACGAGAGCAUCAUGUCACACGAGGAAGAACCCCUAGUAAAUCGGUACGCCUCCCGCAGGAAAUCCGUGUUUGCGGAGACGUACGACCCGGAGAAUGAUGACGACGACGAUGGUGCCCGGGCGAUAUUCCCCAAGACGGACGACCAACGAUCACGGUUGUGCGAUUCAGUCAAGAACAUCCUGCUGUUCCGGUCGCUGGAUAAGGAACAGAUGAACGAAGUGCUGGACGCCAUGUUCGAGAAAAAAGUCAAAGCAAAAGAUUAUAUUAUAAAACAAGGAGAUGACGGAGAUAACUUCUACGUCAUUGAAUCAGGAAUUUACAAAGCUUACGUAGGAGAAGAUCAGAAACAUAUACAUACGUACGAUCACAGCGGUAGUUUCGGUGAACUAGCUCUUUUAUACAAUAUGCCAAGAGCUGCCACCAUCCAAGCAGAAACGGACGGUCAACUAUGGGCGAUGGACCGGCAGACGUUCCGAAGGAUUCUGCUCAAGUCCGCGUUUAGGAAACGGAAAAUGUACGAAGCACUACUGGAUGCGGUUCCGAUGUUGAAAACGUUACAGAAUUACGAGCGCAUGAACCUGGCUGAUGCUCUCAUACCCAAGACUUUUGCGAAGGGAGAAAGAAUCAUCAAGCAAGGUGAUGCCGCCGACGGUAUGUACUUCAUCGAAGAUGGUAAGGUUUCGAUUCGCAUUCAGCAGGCCGCCGGCGAGGUUGAAAUCUCGAACCUAGAGAAGGGACAAUACUUUGGCGAGCUGGCACUGGUUACCCAUCGGCCACGUGCCGCCUCGGCUUACGCCUCCGACAACUUAAAAGUGGCAUUUUUGGACGUGGACGCAUUCGAACGGCUGCUCGGUCCGUGUAUGGAUCUCAUGAAGCGCAGCAUCGGCGACUACGAGUCACAAUUGGUGAAGAUCUUCGGCAGCAAGAACAACAUCACCGACAUCCGAUAAGCAUCAGGAUGUGUCGUCCAGCGUCUUCAGAUAGCAUAGAAUCAUCGCCAUCGCCACACCACCAGCAAAACCAACAAACAACUAUAACAGAAAAAAAAAUAAAAGCUUAAUUUUAGACCCCAUUUCGAUUGACGGUAGAAAAAUUUGCCAAAGGGUGGGGUUAGCUCAAAUGAUAAUCCACAAGCAGCUGAGGUGCGGUUUCUUUCUGGACUACGGAAUUUCAACCUGAUGCACCGAUGGCGUCCGAUGCUUCUGGGUUGACGAAUUAACAUCUUACAUCAACAACAACAACAACAGCAGCAGCAGCGUAGCCCGGGAGUAUUCUUCGGAAGUCCUCUGCAUACAACAGAAACAGGAAUUCUGCAGCAUCGUUCCGGAGAGAAAAGGCAGUUCAGCAGCGCACCUGGUAGUCAGUCAGUGUGGAAUGAUGAUGGUGAUCGAAAUUCGAAAUUCAGACGCAAACAGCAGUAGUCAACCAUUGAAAUUCUUUUGUUUUCGCAUACAUGUGUAAUUCGUAGCGUAUUGUUUUCAUUUUUAGGUUAGCCCCGAAGACGCUUUAAUAGCGAAAAAUACUAGAGAACUGGACAUUAAUACUAUCAAACAGAAAUGGAGUGUUGUAAUUGGAGGAUUCGAAAUGUUUAAACAGAAAGAGAAAAUUAUAUAAAAUUAGCCGAUUUGUGGGAUCGGAUAGAUAAAAGCGAACGACGCGAGAGGGUAUCAAAUUGUAGGAGAGUGAGCAAGAAGUCACCACCGCCGCUAUUUAGCACCAGCUUUGGAUUCAAGUAAAUCUAUUUGAAUCAAAUAUUUGAGAGAAAGCAAAUAUGUGAAAUUAAUACAAAAUCGAUUCGUUUCAUUUGUAACUGUUUUGUAGGGUGGAGAAAUUGCCAAAUAUGUGGAAAAAAUUAAAAAAAAAAAAAUAUUCAACAGAACAAACAUAAAUAGGUGUGUGUUAGCAAAAAAAAAAAACAACAAAAAACUGAAACAUCAAUAUCAAAAUAACAACAAGCACAUUAUUAUAACUUGAUGGAUUUAAAAACAAAACAAAAAACAAUUGAGCAAGUAUUUGUGGAUGAAGCAACAAAAGCAAAUUGUACUAAGUAGCCAUUGAUAACACGGAAGCAUAUUAAAUAAUAAUCUAAACUAAUGCUGGAAACAUGCAAAGAAAGUAAUAAACAAAAUUUUAAAUUAUUUCUGUUAACUUAUUAUAACAUGAGGCAAGUAUUGAUAAACAAAAGAAAAUGCAAAAAAAAAACAAAACUUAACUAGUGAAAAUACUAAGAAUUUAAGGUACAGUGUUUAACAUUUAAGAUAAAA